GACCCCCCUCUUAACGUGCGCACCCUCCCCUGUCACUCCUUUGGGCGGUUAGUUGGUGUCCGUACCCUCUCGCUAUCUCUCAUGACAGACAAUCCUUCCAAAAUGUCCCGCUCUAUAUUAGUAUUACCUUGUUAGCCUCUUCCCUCAACAAAUCCUUUCAUUUCCUUCCUUUUCCUUUCCUUUCCCCCGGAAAAGGGAAAAAAAAAAACAACUAAAUCUCUGAUUUCCAGUUCGUUUUACCACAAACAACCAUGAGAGAAAUCCUUCACGUUCAAGGAGGGCAAUGCGGGAACCAAAUCGGUUCCAAGUUUUGGGAAGUGAUCUGUGACGAGCACGGCGUGGAUCCUACCGGGAGGUACAAUGGAGAUGGAUCGUCCGAUCUCCAACUGGAGCGGAUCAAUGUGUAUUACAAUGAGGCUUCCGGUGGAAGGUAUGUUCCUCGGGCGGUCCUCAUGGAUCUUGAACCCGGUACUAUGGAUAGCAUCAGAUCCGGUCCCUACGGCCAGAUCUUUAGGCCUGAUAAUUUCGUGUUCGGACAAUCCGGUGCCGGGAACAACUGGGCCAAAGGCCAUUACACUGAAGGAGCCGAGUUGAUUGAUGCUGUUCUUGAUGUUGUUCGUAAAGAGGCUGAGAAUUGCGAUUGCUUGCAAGGCUUCCAGGUAUGCCAUUCGCUUGGAGGAGGCACGGGCUCUGGUAUGGGAACUCUCCUGAUAUCCAAAAUCAGAGAGGAAUAUCCAGACAGGAUGAUGAUGACAUUCUCUGUUUUCCCUUCGCCUAAAGUCUCCGACACAGUUGUGGAGCCUUAUAACGCCACCCUCUCUGUGCACCAGUUGGUAGAGAAUGCUGAUGAAUGCAUGGUUCUUGACAAUGAGGCCCUUUAUGAUAUUUGCUUCCGGACUUUAAAGCUUACUACUCCAAGCUUUGGAGAUCUGAACCACUUGAUUUCUGCAACUAUGAGUGGUGUAACAUGCUGCCUGAGGUUCCCUGGACAGCUGAACUCCGACCUUAGGAAGUUAGCUGUGAACCUGAUCCCAUUCCCCCGUCUUCACUUCUUUAUGGUUGGGUUUGCACCACUCACAUCUCGUGGAUCCCAGCAGUACAUUUCCCUCACUGUCCCGGAGCUGACUCAGCAGAUGUGGGAUGCCAAGAACAUGAUGUGUGCUGCUGACCCCCGCCAUGGUCGCUACCUAACAGCCUCAGCUAUGUUCCGUGGCAAGAUGAGCACCAAAGAGGUUGAUGAGCAGAUGAUUAAUGUUCAGAACAAGAAUUCAUCAUACUUCGUGGAAUGGAUUCCCAACAAUGUGAAGUCCAGUGUUUGUGAUAUUCCACCAAGGGGUCUGAGGAUGUCAUCUACUUUUAUUGGGAACUCGACGUCAAUCCAGGAGAUGUUUAGGAGGGUGAGUGAGCAAUUCACAGCUAUGUUCCGCCGCAAGGCCUUUUUGCAUUGGUACACUGGUGAGGGGAUGGAUGAGAUGGAGUUCACAGAAGCAGAGAGCAACAUGAAUGACUUGGUGGCAGAGUAUCAGCAAUACCAGGAUGCAACUGUUGAGGAUGAGGGUGAGUACGAGGACGACGGAUUGGAGGAGAACUAUGACGGCUAAAAUGUGUGGGCAAUUUACCAGCGAACCAGGAUGAAAUUUGAGAAUAGUACCCUUUACCUGCUCAUAUUCUACUGCGUGGCUAUCGGUGUUUGUUUAAUUUUCACUGCUCUCUAUUUGUAUUUCCCAAGAUGUUGUUGUUUGCUUUUUUCCAGACAUUCAAAUAAAGAAUUGUCAGUUUUACCUAUAA